AUGACGGCCUAUGGGACGUUUAAUCCAGCGUUUAACAUGGCCACCAUCCGACAAGCCAUCAACGAAACGAUAGAACGAGUGCGCAUUCCAACGCCAACCCGCCUUCGAGAUCUCAUCCGCCAGAUACGGGCAGCGCGAACGGCGGCCGAGGAGCGCGCCGUCGUCAACCGGGAAUGCGCCUACAUUCGCAGCACGUUCCGCGACGAGGACUCGGUGUGGCGGUGUCGCAACAUCGCGAAGCUGCUCUACAUACACAUGCUGGGCUAUCCGGCCCACUUCGGGCAGCUCGAGUGCCUAAAGCUGACCGCCAGCCCCCGGUUCACCGACAAACGGAUCGGCUAUCUGGGGGCGAUGCUGCUGCUGGACGAACGGCAGGAUGUGCAUCUGCUGAUUACCAACUGCUUGAAGAAUGACCUCAACAGCCCCACACAGUUCGUCGUGGGACUGGCGCUCUGCACGCUCGGGGCGAUCGCAUCGCCGGAAAUGGCUCGAGAUUUGGCCGGCGAGGUGGAAAAGCUAAUGCGUUCGCCGAAUGCCUACAUCCGGAAAAAGGCGGCCCUGUGUGCGUUCCGUAUCAUCAAGCGUGUGCCGGAGCUGAUGGAAAUCUUCUUACCGGCGACCCGGUCGCUGCUGAACGAGAAAAAUCACGGUAUACUAAUCGCUGGCGUUACACUCAUUACGGAAAUGUGCGAGAAGAGUUCCGACACCUUGAACCACUUUAAGAAG